AUGGCACUCUCUGGGGCUCCUCCGGAUGAUAUUCCUAAAUCUAAUCCCGCUGCGUCCGCGGAAUAUGACAAGAAAUGCAUUUUCUGCAAAAUAGUAAACAAGGAAAUGGGAACGGAGCUACUUCAUUAUGAUGAAGAAAUCACCUGCUUCAAAGACAUCAGGCCAGCAGCUCCGCAUCAUUAUCUGGUGGUCCCAACUAAACAUGUUGGCAACUGCAAGUCUCUCUCAAAAGACCAUGUCCCUUUAAUAAAACGAAUGGUUGAUUUGGGGAAAGAGAUCCUGGAAAAAAAUAAUAUAACAGACCUGGGCGAUGUACGGUUUGGUUUCCAUUGGCCUCCGUUCUGCUCCGUCACACACCUGCACCUCCACGUGUUGGCCCCAGUCACUCAGAUGGGCUUCUUGUCUCGUUUCAUGUACAGACUUAACUCCUAUUGGUUUAUAACAGCAGACCAACUGAUAGAGCUGCUCAACUCGAAGGCAGAGACAAACUGA